CGGAGGCGGGCGCGUCGUGAUGACGUCAUCACGAAGCGCCGGGAUUCGGAGGCGACGUUGCCGUGGAGACCGAGACGCCGCCCGGCGGGAGGACAUGGCCUCCCGCGAGCGCGGCGCCGCUGCCCGGCAGCGCGGGGACAAAGCGCGGACCCCCAGCGCCGCCCCUCCGGACGCGGCCCCCGGGCGGCUGUGCGAGGCGCAGUGGCUGUCCGUGCUGGCGGCCGAGGAGCGGGACGACGUCGUAGGGGACGCGGUGGCCGAGCUGCUGGCAGCCGUCGUGGAGCGCCGCUUCCAGGCCGAGCUGGCCCGGCAGUGCGUGCCGUUCGCCGUGAGCCGGGCGAGGGCUGAGCUGCUGCGGGCGGCCGCGUGGCGCUUCCCGGCGCGGGAUGAGGGCGACGCGGCGCUGGAGGCGGCGGGAGCGUGGCGGGAGGACGAGGAGCCCCAGCCGGCUGCCACCGAAGCCUGGGCUGAGGGCGCCGUGCCCACCCUGCGAGCGCGUCCAGCCCCGGGGCACGGAGAGGUGUCCAGCGCCGACACGGACGCCGUCACAUCCGAGGCUGAGGGUGGCGGCGUGCCGCUGCCUUCCCCAACACCGUUGGCGCAGGAUGAGGUGCUCGAUGCUCCCCAGCUCUCCGCGAGAUUAUCGGGCAGCCCCGCUGUGCCGGCCCCGCUCAGCCCCAAAACGGCGCGGCCCCGGCGCCUGCCUGGCGUCAAACACCCAGAGCCACAGCUGUGGACGGAGGUCAGCGAUGCAGCAGAAGCUGACGGGCACGGAGUGUCACAGCCCCCCUCCUGCAGCGACCUGAUGAAGGUCUGGGCAUGGAGAUCUCCGCGCGAUGAGGUGAGGGCGUGCAAUAGGCGCAGCACCGCCCAGCCGGACCCCUCCGUGCGCUGGAUCCAGCCCCAGGUGGAGGUGCUGGACUCAGGCACAAAGACCGAGCGGCAGCCGCGUCCCCUCCGGCACCGGCGGCAGCCCCGCCGCCCCUCUGGGCGGGACGUGGGGCCGGGUGCCUCGUCGUCCCCCCGAGGGCCGGCGGCUGCGGGGGCACCGCGGCUCCUACCGCCCAUCCCGGGGGCUCAGCAGCCCAGCAGUUCCCAGUCCCCGGUGCGGGGCUCCUUACUGGGCACCGUCCAGCUGGCUCCUGGUGUCACCAUCAGGCACGGAGGCAGCGAGGGGCGCAGGCUGUGCCUCCCUGUGCAGAGAGAGGAUGAGGAGGAGGAGACGGGAGAGGCCAAGAGGGACCUGAGGCCCCUCCGCCCCGCUGUGCCCUUCCCUGCCAUCGCAGUCAGGCAGGUCACUGGCGAUGGUGUGCCUUGAAUACAGCAGAUUCCAACAUC